CUUCACUUUUUCGUGUCACAUUCUUCGAUGACAACAAAAGAAAUUUGACGUUUGAGCAGAAAAAAAAUUAUGAAUUUGUUGGAGAAAUAAAUAAUUUUAAGAAUUUAUUGCAUUUAAUAAUUUGUGUGUUUUGCGAUCAUUAAAAGGAUUCAAAAUUUCCAUAACGAUUAAUUCGACUUUUUUAGUAGAAUAUUUCUGUGUAAUUUGGUGUAUUUGUUGUAGAUGGCUGGGAAUUUCUGGCAAAGUUCUCACUCACAACAGUGGAUACUAGAUCGACAGGAUCUGAUACGUGAAAGGCAAUAUGACCUGCAAGUACUCAGUGAAGACGAGUAUCAAAAAAUAUUUAUCUUCUUCGCUAAUGUUAUACAAGUACUGGGCGAGCAGCUGAAACUACGUCAACAGGUUAUUGCCACGGCCACAGUUUACUUCAAACGUUUCUAUGCGAGGAAUUCACUAAAAAAUAUCGAUCCACUUUUGCUGGCACCUACAUGCAUAUUACUCGCUUCAAAAGUGGAGGAAUUCGGCGUGAUAUCGAAUUCGAGACUUAUAACAAUCUGUCAAUCGGUGAUUAAAUCGAAAUUCAGUUACGCCUACACACAGGAAUUCCCUUACCGAACAAAUCAUGUUCUGGAGUGCGAAUUUUAUUUGUUGGAAAAUUUAGAUUGUUGCCUAAUUGUGUACCAGCCUUAUCGUCCCUUACUACAGUUGGUGCAGGAUUUGGGUCAAGAAGAACAAUUGUUAACUUUAAGCUGGCGAAUAGUUAAUGAUUCAUUACGUACAGAUGUCUGCUUGUUAUAUCCCCCAUAUCAGAUUGCAAUUGCAUGCUUACAAAUCGCUUGCGUUAUACUGCAAAAGGACUCUACGAAAACCUGGUUUGCCGAAUUAAAUGUAGAUUUGGACAAAGUACAGGAAAUCGUACGAGCUAUUUGUAAUCUUUAUGAGCUUUGGAAGGAUUGGAAGGAAAAAGAUGAAAUACAAAUGCUUCUAAGUAAAAUACCUAAACCAAAACCAGCGCCUCAACGUUAAAUGAAGCAUUAACUCCUUCGCCCAUUUUCUAUUUUUUUUUUAAUAAAAUACGUGAUAAGUAUUUGCGCUUAAGUAAGUUAAAUAUGUAGUAUUUUCCACAUUAUCUUAUAAUAAAAAUUAAAAGCGGGUAAAAGAUUACAAA